UGAAGUCACAAAGCCUCUGGGGGCGGCGAAGGGUGGCGGGGCUCGCAAGAGGCUGCCGGAGCGGCAGGGGCAGCGGAGCGGCCGCUUUGUCUGGUUGCUGCCCGCAGGGAGCCCCGCAGUCCCGGCGCGGGGUGCGAGCCCCACCCCGGCGCUCUGCACCAGCGGCUCUGCCGCGGCCGGGGCCGGUUGGUUUUUGCAGGAGAAGCGGGACGACGCAGGGUCGCCGUUUCUCGCAGCCCCCGCCCCGUGACCACCUGCUGAAGGGGGGCCGGGCGGUCGCGGUCCCUGCCGCGCUGGAGGCUGGAUGCAUUAGGCACGCGGGUUGCAGCUCGCCCUGCAGCGUCCCUCCCACCGCUCCGAGAUGGCGGACCCCGCCGAAUGCAGCAUCAAAGUGAUGUGCCGGUUCCGGCCCCUCAACGAGGCGGAGAUCCUGCGCGGGGACAAAUUCAUCCCCAAGUUCAAAGGCGAGGAGACGGUGGUGAUCGGGCAGGCAAAACCUUAUGUCUUUGAUAGAGUGUUACCACCAAACACGACCCAGGAACAAGUUUAUAAUGCCUGUGCCAAGCAGAUUGUUAAAGAUGUUCUUGAAGGCUACAAUGGAACAAUUUUUGCUUAUGGACAGACAUCUUCAGGAAAAACACAUACUAUGGAGGGGAAGCUGCACGACCAUCAGCUAAUGGGAAUAAUUCCAAGAAUUGCACAUGACAUCUUUGAUCACAUCUAUUCCAUGGAUGAAAACCUGGAGUUUCACAUAAAGGUUUCUUACUUUGAAAUUUACUUGGACAAAAUAAGGGACUUACUUGAUGUGUCAAAGACGAACCUUGCAGUACAUGAAGAUAAAAACAGAGUUCCAUAUGUAAAGGGAUGCACAGAGAGGUUUGUCUCUAGUCCUGAAGAAGUUAUGGAUGUCAUUGAUGAAGGGAAAGCAAACCGCCAUGUAGCUGUUACAAAUAUGAAUGAACACAGCUCUAGAAGCCACAGUAUCUUCCUGAUUAAUAUUAAACAAGAGAAUGUAGAAACUGAAAAGAAACUCAGUGGAAAGCUUUAUCUGGUGGACUUGGCUGGAAGUGAGAAGGUCAGCAAAACUGGAGCAGAGGGCUCUGUUCUUGAUGAAGCUAAAAAUAUCAAUAAGUCUUUGUCUGCUCUGGGCAACGUGAUCUCAGCCUUGGCAGAGGGAACUAAAACCCAUGUUCCAUACCGAGACAGCAAAAUGACCCGAAUUCUUCAAGACUCCCUAGGUGGGAACUGCAGAACUACCAUUGUUAUCUGCUGUUCUCCCUCCAUCUUCAAUGAAGCAGAAACCAAGUCUACCCUAAUGUUUGGACAAAGAGCAAAGACGAUUAAGAACACAGUUUCUGUGAAUCUAGAGCUGACUGCAGAAGAAUGGAAGAAAAAAUAUGAGAAGGAAAAAGACAAAAACAAGAGUUUGAAGAAUGUUAUCCAGCAUCUGGAGAUGGAACUGAAUAGGUGGAGAAAUGGAGAAGCAGUGCCUGAGGAUGAGCAGAUCAGUGCUAAGGAGCAGAAAAAUCUGGAGCCAUGUGACAACACACCCAUCAUUGACAACAUUGCACCUGUUGUUGCCAGCAUCUCAACUGAGGAGAAGCAGAAAUACGAUGAAGAGAUUACCUGUCUCUACAGACAGCUGGAUGAUAAGGAUGAUGAAAUUAACCAGCAGAGCCAGUUGGCUGAGAAACUAAAACAACAAAUGUUGGAUCAAGAUGAGCUUUUGGCUUCCACUAGAAGAGAUUAUGAGAAGAUCCAAGAGGAACUGACUCGUCUGCAGAUUGAAAAUGAAGCUGCAAAAGAUGAGGUGAAAGAGGUUCUUCAGGCCCUGGAGGAAUUAGCUGUCAAUUAUGACCAGAAAUCACAAGAAGUGGAGGACAAGACCCGAGCCAAUGAACAGCUGGCUGAUGAACUGUCACAGAAAACAACAGCUUUGACGGCCACCCAACGAGAGCUGGGUCAGUUGCAGGAACUCAGUAAUCAUCAGAAAAAGAGAGCUACAGAGAUCCUGAACUUACUGCUUAAAGAUCUGGGAGAGAUUGGAGGAAUCAUUGGUACCAAUGAUGUUAAAACGUUAGCAGAUGUGAACGGGGUAAUCGAGGAGGAGUUCACCAUGGCACGGCUGUAUAUCAGUAAGAUGAAGUCUGAGGUGAAAUCUCUGGUGAACCGCAGCAAGCAGCUGGAGAGUGCCCAGAUAGACUCCAACAGGAAGAUGAAUGCCAGUGAGAGGGAACUUGCAGCCUGCCAGCUCCUCAUCUCACAACAUGAAGCAAAGAUUAAAUCCCUUACAGACUACAUGCAAAAUAUGGAACAGAAGAGAAGGCACCUAGAAGAGUCACAAGACUCGCUUAAUGAAGAGCUGGCCAAGUUGCGUGCUCAAGAAAAAAUGCAUGAAGUCAGCUUCCAGGAUAAAGAGAAGGAGCAUCUGACCCUGCUUCAGGAUGCAGAGGAAAUGAAGAAAGCGCUGGAGCAGCAGAUGGAGAGUCACAGGGAAGCCCACCAGAAACAGCUGUCCAGGCUACGAGAUGAGAUUGAGGAGAAGCAGAAAAUCAUUGAUGAAAUCAGAGAUAUGAACCAGAAGCUGCAAUUGGAACAAGAGAAAUUGAGCUCUGAUUAUGAUAAAUUGAAAAUAGAGGAUCAGGAAAGAGAAAUGAAACUGGAAAAGCUAAUACUGCUUAAUGAUAAAAGGGAACAAGCAAGAGAAGAUCUUAAAGGGCUGGAGGAAACUGUGGCAAGAGAACUUCAGACCCUCCACAACCUACGAAAACUCUUUGUUCAAGACCUCACCACUCGAGUCAAAAAAAGUGUUGAACUGGACAGCGAUGAUGCAGGAGGAAGUGCUGCUCAGAAGCAGAAAAUUUCCUUUCUUGAGAACAACCUGGAGCAGCUUACAAAGGUUCACAAACAGUUGGUACGUGAUAAUGCAGAUCUUCGUUGUGAGCUUCCUAAGCUGGAAAAACGACUUCGAGCUACUGCAGAGAGAGUUAAGACUCUGGAGAGUGCACUGAAGGAAGCCAAGGAGAAUGCCAUGCGGGACCGCAAACGCUACCAGCAGGAGGUAGAUCGCAUUAAAGAGGCUGUAAGAGCCAAGAACAUGGCAAGGAGAGCACACUCUGCUCAGAUUGCCAAGCCUAUCCGUCCUGGCCAUUACCCAGCAUCUUCUCCAACAGCGGUUCAUGCUAUCCGAGGAGGAGGAGGAAUGUCAAACUCCAGUUACUACCAGAACAUGAAAUAAACAGUGAGUGAGUCAGGCUCCACGUAGCAUGUUGAAAGACAGACAUUAAUUCACUGAUAUUUUUUUUUCUUCUUCAACCUGCUCUGCGUCCUGUUCAUCAUGUACUUUCUACUGCCAUCUGCAGUGCACUCUUUUCAAAUAAUUUGAGCUUCAUAGAAUCUCCAUGUGUACAGAAGUGUGUUCAGCUCAGCUGUUCUUUGGAAACAUACAAUAUCUGUAACAUAUCCAUCUAAGUAACAAUAGAAGGUCUGCCAUUCAAAAUAUCUUCCAUUGACUUCAUUUUACCCCUUGGCGCUGGUUAAGUUGGGGCUUCCCUGCUGACACUGAUGCUGUUUGAAGUACUCUGUGGCAUCAGUAAAUCCUGACUUCUGGCAUCAAAUAGUUAAUCAUUCAUCAACCAAGUGCCAUCAAAGGCAGUUGAUUGUGUUCUAUCAUGACUGAUUUACUGUAUAAUAUACAUAUUAUUUUAUAUUUUUAGGGGAUGAAAAUGUGCUGCUAUAUUAUUAAAAUAAUUCAAACACAUUUUCUGAAGUAAAUUUCCCCAAAGAAGCAUUUUUAAUAUCCUGGUAAAAUCUUUGGACCUGUAUAAAAAUAUUCUUUACUAUCAUACCUAUUAAAGAUCAAACUAUGGAAUGGA